AUGGCUUCUUCUUCUUCUUACGCACCAUUCUCUGCAAUAUUCAACGGUUCCAGACCUAAUCCACCUGCAGCUUUUCUCGUCCCUUCUUUGAAAUUUUCCACCGUCGUAUCGAAUUUCGCGAAUCUGAGCAAUGGGUUCUCUCUAAAAUCUCCGAUUAAUCCUGGGUUCCUCUUCAAAUCCCGGCAUUUCAAUGUUCAAGCUCGAGCUGCUGCAGAGAAGACCGUUCACGAUUUCACCGUAAAGGACAUUGAUGGGAACGAUGUUUCUUUGAACAAAUUCAAGGGGAAAGUUAUGUUGAUCGUCAAUGUCGCUUCAAGAUGUGGUUUGACAUCAUCAAAUUACUCAGAGCUUUCACAUCUGUACGAGAAAUACAAGAACCAAGGAUUUGAGAUUCUAGCUUUUCCCUGCAAUCAAUUUGGUGGCCAAGAGCCCGGUUCUAACCCUGAGAUCAAACAAUUCGCUUGUACCCGGUUUAAAGCAGAGUUCCCUAUAUUUGACAAGGUCGAUGUGAAUGGACCGAGCACUGCACCUAUCUACCAGUUCUUGAAAUCAAACGCAGGAGGAUUCUUAGGUGAUCUCGUUAAAUGGAACUUUGAGAAGUUCUUGAUUGAUAAAAAGGGUAAGGUCGUUGAGAGGUAUCCUCCAACCACAUCCCCUUUCCAAAUCGAGAAAGACAUCAAGAAGUUGCUUGCUGCGUGA